AAGUGCAGGAAAUCUGUCCACAACACUAAAGACCUAGAAAAUCCUUCAGAAGGCCUGCAUCUCAUGGCAAUAACCUACAUAAGUUCAGCUGAAGACCCAAAGCCCAUGAUAAUGACCCAUGCGAGUCUUUCCCACAGAUCUGCUCUGAGAAGGCCCAGAGGCAGCAGUGAAGCUAGAAAGUCUGUGCCAGCAGGGUGAAGGAUCUUUGCCAGUAGGUUGAGGGUUCUAUACUGCAGCCAAGAAAUGAUGCUCAAAAUAAGAACCAGGGCUCCCAUGAAAAGUACUCUAGCCAUUCUCAGCAACAAUAGGUCCUGAGCUUCUCUGACUAUGAGAAUGGCUGAAUACAUAUCAGGAAGCCAGCAUGACAAUCUUCUCCUGGAGUUUAAAUAGCAGACAUCUGCUCUGGAGCCAGGAAGCAACACUCAAAGUAAGGACCAAAGUGAACCACAGUCAUUCUCAGUGACAAGGUCCCGAGCUCCUCUGAUGAUAAUAGCCGAGUUCGUAUAAGGGGAGCCAGCAUGACGAGCUCCUCCAGAAAAGCCAGCGGCUCCAGACAACGGCAACACUUAGGAGAACUCACAGUGCCACUGUUCCUCUCCGGGCUCCUUUGCAUGCUGGCAGCAGCCCUCAGGUGGGCCAUCCACACUUAGCACCACACUGAUUCAGUUCAGCUGCUGUUUAAGUCACCAGUCCACUACAGGUCCCCUUGAACAGGUAGCUCCUGUUCAAGACCACAGCUGCACACAAAAGACAUCUGCCUCGAUUUCGCAACCCCUCCUUCUGUGUACCAGUUCCCUGUGGCUGCCACACACAGCACGACACAGAGCCACAGCCACGUACUCUGCUGCAGUCCCAGAAGUCGGACGUCAGCGACAAGGGCCCAGCAGGCAGCCUUCCCCGAGGGCCCUGGGAGGAUAUCCUAGACCUGUGCCAGCUUCUUGGGCUCUGGCCAACCUCAGGAACUCUGUUCCAAAUCACAGGCUUUGCUCAUGCCAGCUGAGCAGGUGCCUGCCCCAGGACCCCUAAACUCUUCUUUUCAUAAGGCCACACAGUAUGGAGGUACAGGCCACCUCAGCAUGACAUCCAGGUAACACUGUCCCUUUCAGGCAUGAGGUCCUGGGGUCAGGACUCUAAUGCUGAGGCUCCUGGGGGGACGCUCAGUCAGCAGUGCUACUUAAGAGUCCCCCAUGGCAGGCACAAGUGGCCCCGCCCCAUCACCUGCCAUGGACACACUGGGAGCCUCCCCUGGACAGGAACGUGAUGCCCAGCUGUGCCAUCAGUGGGACAGUGCGCACAAAUGCUGCAGUAGGGACUCUCUAGGCCAGCCCAGGUGGCUGGGGACACAACAUGACAGUGUGAUCAUGUCUCUGCUGGCUGCAGUGAUGGAGCUGGCUCCCCCACUCUUUUGUAGUACUAGGCAUGGGAUUCUAGGGGUGCUUCACCACAGAGCUGCCUUCCCAUUCCUUUUAAAAAUCUGUCUGAGUUCUGAGAUAGGGUCUUGCUAGGUUGCUGUGUAGGCCAUGUGGCUUUAACUCGUGGUCCUCCUCCCUCCAACCACACUUUUGUUUCUUGGAACCAGCAUGAGAGAGACAUCAGGCAUUCAUCGCUCUGUUUCCUUUCCCUGAGCCACCUGUGUGUCCCAACCCUCCCCACUGUCCUUGUGGACCUGCACAGUGCCUCGGAUGCUGCCAGGUGUGGAAACCUCUGAGUUUCUCCGUGCAGUAGUCUGCCUCCCAGGGACACCAGUGGGCUGGCACCCUGACUGCAUCAACAAAAGCAGCUGUAAUUCUGGCCCUGGGUGCUGAGGGGAAGGUGGGAUGAAGGAGAAACUGAGGCUUCCAGGGAGAACCAGCCAGUGUCCGGGACCCUGACCAAGAUGGGGUCCAGGCAGGGGCUGGUCAGAGCAGGAUAGGGCCUUGAUGCUGGCCAGGGUCUCUGGCCAAGAGUCAGGCAGGGCAGGUGGUCAGGAGUCAACAGGCACCCAACCCAGGGAGGCCAAGGUGGCCAGGCUGGUCCCUCAUGUGACCACAGGAUGGCACCAGGCCUCUGCAGGCACCCCGGGCCCAGACAAACCCCCUGCAGCUGCCCCCACCAGGGCUGGACGGACACCUAGAGGAAAUGCCAAGCCGCGGUCCCAGUGGCAGAGGAGCUUGGCAGGUGGUGGAAGAUCUGACCAAGUCCACCUGCUCUGCCUCACCCAGCCCAGGCCCAGCAUGGUGUCUCUGUCCCUCUGGGUGCUCCCCAAAGUUGGCAGGUGGGACCCCUGCCUGACACCCCAGGUGGAUGGGCUGUGAGGGUGGCCUCUGUGCUUGCAUGGCUCUGAGCCCCAGUGCCAGCUUAUCAGCCGCAGCAAAGGACUGUGUGGAAUAUGGGCCCCCACGGAAGGGCUCCCCUACAGCCAGGGUGGGAGGGUGUCUCUUCUCAGUAGGCUUUAGCCCGACUAUGUUCUGGGAUGGCUCUGAAGGGGACACUGAGGCAGUGGCCCCCUCCCGGCCUUACUGGGCUGGGCCCUUGAUACUCGGCACUGGUUGCAGGGAGGCUGUGGGGCAGGGCCUGAGCUGGGGUCCUGGGGUGUCCUGGCCAGUGCUGCCUCCAUGUCCCUCAGGCCAAUCUCCUUGCUUCUUCAUCUGUCAGAGCCCAGCACAAUGGCUGCCCCCGCAUGCUCACAAUGGCCUCAGUCUGGGUGCAGGCAGCCCAGCACAUCUCCAGCCGGCCUCCAAGAUUUGUGGCCCUAUGGUCAUGGUCACACUGGGACACCCAGGCUCAGGCUCCCCACACUCCUGCAGUCAGCCCGCAGUCAGUUGUGCGGCCAGACAGGCUUCUCUGCCUGUCCGGGUAGCUCCACGGGGCGGGGCCCAGGUCAGCCUGGGCGGGGUGCCCAGGAAGAUUUAAGGAGCUCCAAGGGCCCCGCCCUGUGCCCUGCGCCAGGUCGGACAACUGAGCUCUUGCCAUGGCAGAACCCGCCAAGCUCCAGCUGUUUGUGAAGGCCAGCGAAGACGGAGAGAGCAUAGGGCACUGCCCAUCCUGCCAGCGGCUCUUCAUGGUCCUCCUCCUCAAGGGGGUGCCUUUCACUCUCACCACUGUGGACACGCGCAGGGCGCUGGAUGUGCUGAAGGAUUUUGCGCCAGGCUCGCAGCUGCCCAUCCUGCUUUACAACGGGGACGCCAAGACAGACACACUGCAGAUCGAGGAAUUUCUGGAGGAGACGCUGGGGCCACCCGACUUCCCCAGUCUGGUGCCGCGGUACCUAGAGUCCAGCACGGCGGGCAACGACAUCUUCCACAAGUUCUCCGCGUUCAUCAAGAACCCCGCGCCGGCGCAGGACGACGCCCUGUACCAGCAGCUGCUGCGCGCGCUCGCCAGGCUGGACAGCUACCUGCGCACGCCGCUGGAGCAUGAGCUGGCGCAGGAGCCGCAGCUGCGGGAGUCCCGCCGCCGCUUUCUGGACGGGGACCAGCUCUCGCUGGCUGACUGCUGCCUGCUGCCCAAGCUGCAUAUCGUAGACACCGUGUGCGCGCACUUCCGCCGAGCGCCCAUCCCUGCCGAGCUGCGCGCCGUGCGUCGCUAUCUGGACAGCGCGCUGCAGGAGAAGGAGUUCAAGUACACGUGUCCGCACAACGCCGAGAUCCUGGCCGCCUACAGGCCCGCGGUGCGGCCCCGCUAGCGCCCGCCCGCCCCCUUUAUAAAGGCUCUCUGCCCCCAGUGACAGACAUGUGUUCUGACAUUCAGGGGCCAGAGGCCCACGUUACUGCACCUAGGCGCCCACCACGGGACUCUCAGGUCAAGAUGAUAUUCGGGAAUGACGAAGCCAUGAGCCCGGGGGCAGGGGCGCGGUGCAGCCUCCCACGCGGAAGCCAGAGCACCCAGCACAGAAGAGAGAGGCGGAGAGGCGAUGCUCCCAGUAUCUAGGGGACUGGAUGGAGCUCCCAAACCAGUCAGGCCAGGCGGGUGGAGCAAAAGGUAUGGCCAAGCAAGGUACGAAUCAGAGCCCUGCCCAGCUUGGCCAUGUGGGUGGUGCAGGCUCACAUUCCUGGGCCUGGCUGCAGGCUGUGCCAGUCCCCUUCUAGCAUGGUCGCAGGGGCAGCAGAGGUCUGGGCCUCCUGGGCAGGGCCUGGAAGGGUGCGGCAGAGGUCCAAGCCCCAGAUGUUCUGGCCAUGCCUGGCCAACUCCUCAGCUCCAGGGGUGGACAUGCAGGAAUAGCUGGGUGGAUCUGGCCAGCCAAGGAGCCUUCACCAGGAGCAAGGAGCCUGGUGUACCUGUUUACACCUAGGGAUGUGCCCACAGGGGCACCUCAAGGGAGCUCGCUGUCCCCUCCCCAGUUCAGUCCCAAGCCAGAGCCUCCACCUGACAGAACUGUUUAUUUGAUGGCUAGGAAGGACAUGGGACCAGCAACACAGCAGGGUGAGCCCAUUGGGGCAGUGUCCCUUCCCACGCAGACUCCUCCACAGGCCUGGUGUCUUGGUGUUCCUUUAGGGCUCAUCAAAGUCCACACCACUGGCCGGUUUCUUGCUGGGAGGGAAGAAGGUAGUGCAGUGGGGGAGUGCCAGAAGAGGCAGGGUCCAAGUGAGGAGGGGCAGGUGGGCAAGUACCUCUUGAAGCCAGGAUUGAUGAGGGACUCCCCUGGACACCGUCUCCUGACCCCAGCUCCAGGGCUGCCUCGCUGGGGAUCAUGGUCUGGGGAAACACAAUGUGGGAUUGCUGGACUCAGCAGCACCCAGCCACAACCCCCUCUGCAUAGACACAGCCUGCUCUGGGUCUCAUGGCCUGUGUGGAGACAGCUCCACGCCCCAGGUCCACAUCUCACCUGGUAAGAAGAGUGGAGGCCUUGCUGGCCGCGGGCUCUUCCUGGGACUGAUGGCUGCUUCUUCCACAGCUGGGGAGAAAGCGAGAGCACCGCACUCACUGUCAGCAAUGCAGCACACACCGGCAGGGAUUCAGUGAGGGUGCAGGUGCCCUCAGAGACCCUACCUGCCAGGCGCUGCUCCAGGCUGCACACGCGCUCUGCCAAGCCCAGGGUCAGCGCCUGCAACCUGGGGGCUGCCUCGGGGCUGGGCACCUUGGAGAGGUCAAAGGUCAGCGUGGAGGGAGGCCCGGAGAGAGUCAGGGAUGCGCGGUCCUCUCGCAGGCUCAGGGCGAUGGCUUGCUGCUGGCAGGCGGUCCUGGGGAGAGAACUGGGUGCUGGUGCCCGGCCCUAGGUCCCCAGCGGACAAAUCCCUACCCCAUCUCCUGGGACCCGCGCUCACCUGAACCGCGCGGCGAGGUCCUCAUCCACAUCCAGGCCGCAACGGGCUUUCUGCGGGCACAGAGCCUCGUCAACAGCUGUCCGGGUCCCCGGGGUUCAUCCCAAAACCCGCGCGCCCCGGGACGCCCGAGACCCAGGACCGGUACGCACGCGUGCGGCCUCGCUGUCCGGCGGGAGGCGGGCGCUCCAGAGCUCCGCGCCGUCUGUCACGCUGGGGAGAGGGGGCGUCAAGCGCAGUCGCCGGGGUGCGCUUCCACCCCAAUAGGACCCCACUCACUCACUGGAGGUGGAAGACGCCGAGACCCGAGGCCUCGCUACUCUCUGGCUCGCAGUAGCACACGAAGCGGGGAGGUCCUGGGCCCGGAGGCAGCGUGCAGAGCGGCAGGGACAGUGGCGGCGGGACCAUGAUGACAGCUCGAGUGCAGGCCCUGGUCCCGCGCCAGGCCCGACGCGCCUGCGCAGAAGGUCGGCCUCCGAGGUCAAGGGCGGGCGGGACGUGGGGUUUAAAGCGCCUGCGCGAGAUGGGCGUAGGUCUGUCUGGCCCCAAGCGGGGCUGAUAAGACUAACAGCGGGCUUUGUGGGCGGGGCUUUCGUGUGGGCGGGGCCUGCGGGUGAUCUGCUAGUGGUGCAGGCUGGCCUCACCGGGUGUGGGUUCCUCGGUGGAACCUUGGCUUUGGCCCUCGAAGCCACGCAGAAUUCUCUGCGGGCCCCCCGUCUGCACCCUUGUCUCUGCCGAGUCCGGGGUUCCUUCUUGUGGUCCCGAGCUGUUGGCCGCUCGUCUCCCCCAUGAAGCUCACAUUGCUUUGGAGACCUUCCCACGGCCCAAGGGCCAGGAGCCCAAACCCAAAGGAGGGACACAGGGCGGCCUCGGGCCCGUGUGGUCCCAACCUCAGGACGCCGGCCUGCCGCCCAGGGCUCUGACCCUGGCACUCAGGGACCCGCCUGGCAGGAGCCGCAGCCGGGCUGGUUCUGAGCUGCAGCAGCUGCCGCUGAGUUGUGGCCUGGGCAGGAAGAGGCGAGGGGACCCAGGGGACCGGGCGCACACGAGGGGUCAGGCCAGGGCACCGAAAGAGGGCGACCCAGGCAGGACGGCCAAGGACUUGUUGGCUCCAUUGCCUCCAUUGCCUGUCGAGGCUCCUGCCCCAAUCUCUGCACAGUCUUUCGAGCCCUGCAUCCUUGCUGCCUUCAUGCUCACAAGGACAGGCCUCGUGGAGCACUCUAGCGGCCGCCCAGCCCAGCCCCCUCUCCUGAGUCAACACUCAAGUGUCCUGCGGGUCUUGUAUGAGCACGUUCCACUUUAGUCAUCCUGCCAGUCACCCGGGACAGCCCAACAACCGGCUCUUGCAUUUUCCCUGUGAUCUCCCCUAUGACUUCCUUCUGGUUGUCAUGUCUUCCUUAGUUUUAAAUGGCUCAGGCAGCCCAGAGACAAGGUCCUGUGGCAAAGCAGCAAGGCUGGCCAAAACCAGGGAGGGAGUUGGCUGGUGACCUCCAGAUGAGCUAGAGAUUGGGGAGACAGCCAGGGUCUGAAGUUCCCAAGGUCAAGGAUCCAAGCAUGGUGGAAUUUGAGCUAAAGACUGCAGAGGAGAGGAGUGAGCUAGGUGGAUGGGUAGGAGGACAGCAUUCCAGGCAGAGGACAACUUGUGCAAAGGCCCCAGGGCAGAACUGGAAAGGUACACGUAGAAGGUGGUGCCUGAGGAAAGCAUGUCACAGGCCUGUCAUCUGACUAUGCUGGGGACUUUGAUCUGACUUUCAGAGAGGGUCGAGGUUCUGAGCUCAGGGCAAGAAUUGACAGGUUUUUUUAAAAAAAACAAUUGACAGUUUUUAAAUAUUGCACACACACACACACACACACACACACACACACCCCGCGGCUUCUGGGUGGAGAAGCGGUUGAGGGCUGUCCCGUGUGGCCAGAGAAUGGUGGUGCAGGACACAGUAAAUCAUAAACUCAAUUGCAGAGGGUGCUCAUCCUUGAAGGGCAGGGUCCCGGAGACUAUGGAAGGCAGCCCAAACUUCCAUUCCAGAAAAUGCUGGAGUGGUGGGUGGGGACCAGCGCCCCACGAGGGCAGAGCACACAGCUGUCCCAUAAUCCCUGCUGCUGGCCAGGCAACACCUUCUGUCCCUACUCCUGGUCCUGUAGAAAAGGAGUGGACCCAGGGAUGGGGUAAGUGGCAGUUGGAGCCCAGUGUGUCUCAGCUGUUGGCCCUCUGGGGCAUGAGGCUCAGCACAAGGUGCCCAGGUGGCAGGACCUUUCAUCGCAGGGCCCAGGCAGCCGCAAGGUGAGGGUCACCAUCCCUGUGACCUCUCAGCCCCAAUCAGGAGCAGAGGUCAGCAAGCGAAGACUAAUUUUUGUUUGUUUUUAUUUUUUUGGUACUGGGUAUCAAACUCACGAUCUUGUGCUUGCCAGGCAGGUGCUUGUGCCACUGAGCUAAAUCCCCAGUCCCUGAAGAUUGUACUUUUUCGUAAAAAAUUUCCAACCGAGAUCAUAGCAUAUGAACCCCCAACUGGAAGACGUAUCAGUAUUUUGACAAGCUUACAAUUUGCCAAACCAUUUACAUUUGCCAAACCAUCUCUUGCCAAACCAUUUACAUUUGCAUUUUACCUUCAGAUCUUUUGGGGAAAGGCCUUAAACAAGACUAUUGCCCUUUGUAAACAUGAUGGCACAAAGUUUUCAGAGCGCCCCUCCAGUCUUCUCCUGUGCUUUUGGCUGGGGGAGCUGCUCUUGGAGUGGCCGAGCUGGGGGUGAUGUAGCUGGCUCUGUAUGACAGGCAAGGGGACAUGUAAUGGGCUCAGGAAGGGGUGCUACACCGAGUCAGAAUUGGGAAACUGGAGGACCAGGAGGUCUCCCAGCCACACAGUAGCCUGUUCAGUACCAGGCUUUGGGCUGCCCUUGGAGGACCCCAAAGACCCAAACCAUCACCAGUGGCUGCCACAUCCCAAGUGCAUGUGUGUUGGACCAGCUUGGUGGACCCUGGCCCCUCUCCCUCCAGCCCAGGAAGCCAAGGAAGGCGCUCAUGGGUGGUUCCAAGCUGUGCUCAAAGGGACUCAGCUCUGGUGGGCCAUGGGCCCUAGGAGUUAGGGUUCAGCCACUCUCAUGGGCACCUCUGUCCCAGGCUACCCCAUCACCCACUAUGCCCCUCCAGAAAAAGCACACCUCAGACGACUCUCCAAGACCAUUUAUUGUGUUUGUGGGGCUGGAGAGAGAAACAGGGUGCUUUUUGCAGAGGAUACAGAGUGGUUCAGCCCCUGCCAGCACUGGACCUGGAUCCAUCACUGCAAAACAAGCAGCAGGGACCUGGCAGUGUCCCUGGCCAGGGCCUGGAUGCUCUGGUCCCCAGCCCUCCCAGCCUCCUUCUGGCCCAAGGGGGAGCACCCCAUGAGAAGCUCUACUCAUGGGAGCCCCACCCCAUGGGGAUUCCCAUUCUGCAAAUCACCUCAUCUGCAGGGCACUCACCUGGGACAUCAAGCCAGUACACUGCUCUGUAGGAGAGAAUGGCCUUAGACACCCCUCAUGCCCCCUUACCCCACCCUCCCAGCAGCCACCCCACCUGGGCACUUCCAUCCCACUCUAGGGUCAGUGCAGUAAGCCACGGGGCCUGGCCCUGCCAGUCUGCUCUGGGGUCCCCCAGCUCCCACGGCCUGGAGCUGGGGCAGGCAGUAGUGCUUACCUGACUUGGGCAGCAGAGCGCCUUGGUGGGGGUUCAGGCCCACUUGAGAUACCAGCUGCUGCAUUUUCUGGGCACCUUCAGGAAAAGGCACUGGGGUGCGGGCUGGGAGCAGGAGGUUAGGUGAGUCCAGAGGGGCAGGGACCGAGAGGGGCUUGGGUGCAGCCAGACCCUUCUACCACAGACCCGGAGUCCCCAGGGGACACACGGAGACACGGUCCCACUCACAAGGAACAGCAACACCCCAACCCGACCCAGGUAGCUCCAGGAAGCGGCUGGUGCCUGGAGUCUGGGAAUCGGCAGCCCCUCUCCACCGUGCUGCUCUAACGGCAGCACCGUAGAGCUGCAGCCAGAAGUUCCGUGCACCCGCCUUCUGCGUCUCGAAGUACGUCACCGCGAAGUGCUCGUAGUCAGUGAAGGCCAUGAGGAUGUCGGACUGUGCCAUGGCAGGGAGCCAGAGAGUCUAAGCUGCCCUGGACCUCCUGUCCUGGACGCCCCACCCCAGAUGCCCCGCCCCCAGACUCUGGGCACAGUUGAGGUCUGCACAACCCCACUGACCACCUGGCUUUCCAAGUCUGCACCGCCUCACCUGAGUUGCUGAACUGCCCAUCCAUCAGACCCUUGGUGUAGGUUGUCUCUAUCUUCUGGCAUCCGCCAUUGGGCCUGGGGGGACCUCACACCUGAGCAGCCACCCCUGGCUCUCUUUCCUGUCUCCCAGCCCCCUGGCCACCCAAACAAACCUUCUACAGACACCAAGACACACAGACAAACACAUGCAUGCCAUGUCCACGUGCAGACACACACUGACGCACAGUGAUACCCAGGCCUUAGAUGGGCUUUGCAUGGCCUCGGGCUGACUGAGGACCAGGUGGACCCAACAUGGGCUGUCAGGAGCCAUGGUCUGUCCCCCUGAGAUGUCAGGGUCACCUUGGUUCCUGCUGAUCUUCAUGUGACCUCACACUGGCCUUCACUUGAGGCCAAAUUUGAGCUGAGCCUGGGGAGUCACUUAUGUGGGGUACCCAAACUUGAGAGCUAGGUCACCGUUGCUCAACGAGGUCACCGAGACCAUGGGCAUCUUCAUGUUGUCCUUGGAGUCCUGGAAGCCCUGGUUGUCUGUCACAGCCCCAACUAUAUACCAGAGGCCCUGAAACUGCAGGAAGGGCAGGGCAGCUGGGAGGUGUCCCCUACUUCUGGGCAAGCCCACCAUAUCUGGCCAGGGGUCAGGGCAGCUGCUGUUCACCCUGCUGCAGGCCCCAAUGGUGGUGGAAAGUACCACUCAGUGGGGCCCAGAAUGUCCCCUGGGAUGGGGCGGGUGCUGGGGGGUCUUUCUGAAGCUCCAGUAUCAGAGCCUUGGGUGGGGAAACAGGCGGGGAAGGUUCACCCCUGAGGACAGUGAGUAGGAGUGGGCAUACCUUGGUGGGGUCAAAGUUGGCCUGGACGGGCACCUGGCCCUGGCCAUGGGACAGCUGGAGCAAAGCAAGGAGAGCAGUGGCCAGCACAGCAGGCAGCAUUGUGAGGCUCCUCAGGGUCCCAGCACACAGCAGAGCUGGGGCAACCUCUACUGCAUGGCCUUUAUGUCCCCAAGGUGCCCUGGGGCAGUAGCCUGGGACACAGCCCACACGAUAGGCUAUGAUCAGGUUGCACCCUGAAGCUCCCAGCCCAUCCCACCAGCUCCUGCUUUCUGCCUGGCAGCUGGGGCUGGUGGUCCUGGCAGCCUCUGACUUACUUGCCCUGCUCUGCUGGCCCCCACAGCCAGGCCCUGCCUCCAAGAAGCCCAUCUGGAGGCAAUCUGCACCUGUGAGCUGAGAGCUGGGUGGUGAGAGCUCAGAGAGGGGCAAGGCUGUGUCUUGUGGAAGCCAAGGGGCUGAGGAGUGGGUGGCCUAGCUCAGUCCACUGUCACUCUGUCCUAGUGGGGGCCACAGAUUGUCUAUAACUUCCAAACAAAUGUUCCUUGUUCCCUCAGACCCAGGCCUCUGCUCAGUCUGAGAGCACUAAUCCCACAGUUUGACAACCCCUUCAGCUCCAAAGGGCCCUGGGCCUUCCUGCCCAGGGGGUGGUAGUGCCUGGGGGAUUAGUUGCUAAAUGACCACACCAGCUCAGCCUAGGCCUGGCUGUCACUGAGCCACAGUGUGAGGUGCUGGGUGCCAUGGUGAGGUCAGGGCCCUGUGCAGAGUGGGGAGCACAGAUACUGCCCCUUAGCUGUCCUGGCUCAGGACCCCACCAGGAACAGAUGCCCCCUUAGGUGACUUCAUACAGAGAUGUUACAGGAGGGGUUUGGGGUGGUCCAGGGGUCCUGAGAACAGACAGGCAGACACAGGCUCUGACUUGCUUCCAUUUAUUUCUCAGGUCUGCAGUGAAGUGGGAGGUGCAGAGGCUUUAGGGAGCUCAGGCUGGGGUCUCGGAGAAAGGUGCAGAGCAGAGGAAUCCCGAGGGCUGGACUACCUGUGGGAAGAGCAGAUGGAUGCGUGUGCAGGGCCCAGCAGAUGCUUCCAGCACAUGCCUCCCCACUGGGGCCUCCAGAGCUCGCUCCUCUGCCAUCUAACCAAUGCCACAUCCCCCAGUGCAGAGCCCGCUGACCUCCCUGCCCAGCCCACUCUCCUCUUGCCUCCCCAGCUGGGCUCCUGAGGAUCCUUGCCCAGGAGCCAGAGACCUCAGUGCAGGAUGGUGCCUGCAGGGAGCCUGGUACCCACCACCCCAUUCCUCCCUCUCUGUCUCCCUCCUCCAUGAUCCCUUGGGGAUCGGCCCAACUCCAGUUGCUGGGACCAGGUUUUCUCUCUGACAGUCACACUACAGUUCCACUCUGCUCGGGGCUCCUGUGCCCCUCCUCCUUUGCGGACAUGUGUAGAACAUAUAAAGGAGGGGAUCAUGUAGGGAGCGGCUUGGAAUGGGUGCCGCUGUCCUGCCCCUCCCACCUGAGGGCAUUUUGUGUGUGUCAGCCUACAUUUCCCAUGAUACUCUCCUUGCCUAUAAUGCACAUGACGUAAGCACCUUCCUGCUUCAGCCUACAUCUCCCAUAAAUCCCCUCUUGUUGACAUCACUUCUGCUUACCUAUGUGCCUGCGUAUGACUUCCUGCUGGUCUGAUAGGCCCACGACAUAUGAGGAGAUCCAAGCCGGCCUAUCCUAUAAGGCUAUGUCCUCUAUUGACUCUAUACAAGCCAUGUACAGUCUCCGUCUCUCUUUUCUCUUGCCCAGCCCUUCAUCCCCGUCCCCUUUCCAGACGAGGCCUGCGGACCGAUCCGCAGGACGGGGAUCAAGUGGCAUCCACGUGGGGGCUUGACCUGGCACGAGGGAUAACGACGCGGGACCGUUCACUGGAGUAAAGCCCUGGCCAGCGUGACUGAUUCAAGGGCUUCGUCUCUGUGAUCUGUACGGAGGGCCACCUUACGUCUCACCUGAAUCACGGUAGGUGAACGGAUCUUAUUUCUCUACUGGCAUGGGGCAAGCACUAAGUGAACACGAAUUGUCAGUGGCCUCAGGGAGGCACUCAAGAUUAGAGGGAUCAAGGUUAAGACUAAAGACUUGCUACAGUACUUUCAGUUUAUACAUUCAGUGCGUCCAUGGUUCACUCUAGAGGGCACCAUUGAUUCAAAUAGGUGGAAAAGAGUGGGAGAUGCUCUCAAAGACUACUAUGGGGUUUUUGGCCUGGAAAAGGUUCCGGUAACUGCUUUUUCAUAUUGGACUUUAAUCUCUGAGCUGCUGACACAACAUCACGCAGAUCCCCAGUUUGCAGAGACGCUUGUUCAGGGUGAGGCUGCAUUAUCUGCCUCCCACAGUUUUUGGCCCCCUUCCCAAGGACACUUGUGGAUUAGUUCUUGGACGUGGCAGCACAAUAUUGAAAGGGUUACAAGUUGUUCCAGGAGUCAUAGAUAACGACUAUACUGGUGAAAUUAUUGUCAUGGCAUCCUCUAUCUCUGGCCUGGUUUCCAUUAGCCAAGGACAACGUAUUGCUCAAUUGGUGCUAUUGCCUUUAGUCCAAACUCCUAACACAGCUGUGGCUUCCUAUAGGGGAAAUUCUUCCCUUGGAUCCUCAGAUAUAUAUUGGGCUCAAUUCAUUUCCAAAGAUAAACCUCUUAUGGCUUUGUUGCUUAACUGGAAAAGUUUCUCAGGGCUCAUAGAUACAGGUGCUGAUGUAACAGUCAUUAGAAAGGAGGACUGGCCUCCCACAUGGCCCUUAGAAACCACUAUGAUGCAUUUGCAAGGGAUUGGACAAUCUAAAAAUCCACAACGUAGUGCCAGUCUACUUACCUAGAAUGAUAAAGAAAACAAUCAAGGACACAUAUAGCCCUAUAUUGUGGAAGAGCUACCCCUUAACUUGUGGGGCAGAGAUUUGUUAACUCAAAUGGGAAUGAUGAUGGGCAGCCCUAAUACUAUAGACACCAAACAAAUGCUCACUCAGGGAUUCCUUCCUAAUCAAGGUUUAGGUAAACAGAGUUCAGGUAUUAAAGUCCCUAUUUCCCCAACCCCAAACCCUUCAAGAGCAGGCUUAGGCCAUUUUCAAUAGGGGCCAUUGACAUUCCUGUGGCCCAUGCAAAAGAGAUUGCCUGGUUAUCAGACAAACCUGUUUGGGUCGAUCAGUGGCCCCUUACCUCUGAAAAGCUUACAGCCACACAGCAGCUGGUGCAGGACCAGUUAGAUGCAGGCCACAUUGUCCCUAGUGAUUCCCCUUGGAACACACCUAUCUUUGUUAUUCAAAAAAACUCGGGGAAAUGGAGGCUGCUAUAAGACCUUAGGGCAAUAAAUAAGACCAUGGUCUUAAAGGGACCCCUACAGCCAGGCCUCCCUUCACCCAGUUCCAUUCCCCUGGGAUGUUUUAAAAUUGUCAUAGAUCUUAAAGAUUGCUUUUUUUCUAUUCCCUUACAUCCAAAUGACCAAAAGCGUUUUGCCUUCAGUCUCCCAUCAAUUAAUUUUAGAGCCCCUAUGCAGAGAUUUCAAUGGCGAGUCUUACCACAAGAUAUGGCUAACUCCCCCACGCUAUGCCAGUCUUUUGUCGCUGCCGCAAUACAGCCAGUUAGAGAUCAUUGGCCAAAUAUAUAUAUCUCCCAUUAUAUGGAUGACAUCCUCUUGGCGGGAGAGAGUCAAGACCAGACUUUACAGUGUUACCAGGCACUACAAGUUGCCUUACAAAAUGCUGCGCUUCAAAUAGCACCUGACAAGGUCCAGCUUACUGACCCAUAUACAUAUUUGGGCUUUCAGUUACAAGGCACUUAGGUGUUUUCUCCAAAGCCUCAACUAAGGCUUGAUGGCCUUAAGACACUUAAUGAUUUUCAAAAGCUUCUAGGUGAUAUUAAUUGGCUUUUACCCUAUUUAAAAUUGACCAAACAUGAUCUACAACCCCUUUAUGAGGUUCUCCGAGGAGACAUUGACCCAGCUUCCCCCCGAGAGCUCACACCCAAUGCUAGAAAAACACUCCAUACAGUAGAAGAGGCUAUCGCUCAACAAACUGUCUCCUUCAUAGAUUAUAAUAGGCCACUACAAUAUCUUAUUUUUAAUACAAAACUCUCUUCCACGGCAGUAUUUUGGCAACAAGCUCCUCUUAUGUGGCUUCAUCUGCCAGUCUCCCUGAAGAGAGUAUUAUUGCCUUACUACCAAGCAGUCUCUGACCUGAUAAUUCAAAGCAGAAGGCUUGGAAAAUGUUAUUUUGGAAAGGAACCAGAUGUCAUCAUUCAACCCUUCACCAAAGAUCAAGUGGACUGGCUACUCCAGACCACUGAGGCAUGGCCUAUUGCUAUAGCCUCCUUCUCAGGGACCAUUGAUAACCAUUACCCUCCAAAUAAAUUAGUUGAUUUUGCCAGCUGUCACCCAUUUAUAUUCCCCCAAAAUUACAGCUUCACAGCCCCUUCCUGGUGCCCCAGUGUUUUUUACGGAUGGCUCCUCCUUCGGCAAGGCUGCCUAUGUAGCUCAAGACAAUGUUUUUACCCACCAGACAGACACCUCUUCUGCACAGCUGGCUGAAUUACAGGCCAUCCUUGCAGUUUUCACCACUUACCUCAACCAAUCCUUCAAUUUGUUCACCGAUAGUGCCUACCUUGCCCAGUCUGUUCCGUUAUUAGAAACCAUCGCCACUAUAAGCCAUGCCUCCCCACUGCAGACCUAUUCAAACGAUUGUAAGACAUGAUCCGACUUCGCAGUCAUAAGUUUUUCAUUGGCCACUUGCGAGCUCAUUCUGGCCUCCCGGGUCCCCUUGCUCAGGGAAAUCAUUUGGCUGACAUUGCCACACGGACACAGGUAUCCAUGGCCCACUCUGAGCCUAUAGAUGACUCCAAGAUAUCUGAGGCCCAACAGGCUCAUCAGCUACACCAUCUCAAUUCCCAGACUCUCCGCCUGCUCCACAAAAUUACUCGGGAACAAGCCAGACAAAUUGUAAAAAAAUGCCCCUCUUGUGCUGUUCAUUUGCCUGUUCAACAUCUGGGAGUCAACCCAAGAUGUUUAAUCCCCAAUGCCUUGUGGCAGAUGGAUGUCACUCAUUUUAAUGAAUUUGGCAACUUAAAAUAUACACAUGUAAUUGUUGAUACAUACAGUGGUUUCAUCUUUGCCACACUCCAGACUGGAGAGGCUACUAAACAUAUUAUAACCCAUAUACUAUCAGCUCUCUCAGUUCUGGGAUGUCCCCAGCAGCUCAAGACUGACAACGGCCCAGGCUAUACUAGUACUUCCUUCACCAAAUUUUGUAAGUGCCUUAAUAUUCUCCAUACCACGGGUAUACCUUACAAUCCUCAAGGACAAUAUAUUGUUGAACAUGCACAUCACUCCCUCAAAUCCACUAUAGAUAAAAUAAAAGGAGAAACCUGGUACCCAACCCGAGGGUCUCCUAGAAAUAUUCUUUCACAUGCUCUCUUUAUUUUGAAUUUUCUAUCCCUGGAUGCCUCAGGUUGCUCAGCGGCAUCUCGCUUCUGGCACACACAGACAACAACACAAUAUGCAUCUGUAUUAUGGAGAGAUCCCCUAACCAAAACAGGAAUGGCCCUGAUCCAGUCCUUAUCUGGGGACGAGGUUCCAUUUGCGUCUACUCCCACCAAGAAAAGGGAGCUAGAUGGCUCCCCAAACAGCUUAUAAGACAAGUUGAUACACAACAAACAGACAAGCUAAUGCGGGCCUCCCAAGCGCCCAGGGGUGAUGUGGCCCCUGAGGUUUUUUCUCUGUGCUCUUUUUAUAGGAGAAUGCUAAACCUAAAGAUCUCAUGGAUAAUCGUCGGAUUUCUACGAUUAUACCUGUGCACAACGGAUGGUAAUCCCCAUCAACCUUGGGUAUGGACCCUCCAAAAAUGGGACGGGCUCCAAGGAGACUGGCGCUCCAUUACUACCUGGCAGGGAUCUGGAAACCCUAGCCUUCGCUUUGAUCCCUGUCAUGUCAUUCCAAUGUCUUCAGGAUACUUUUGCCAUAAACAGCCUUUGUACAUGUGCCCCUCGCCAACAUCAGGAAGAUCCUAUUGUCACUCCCCAGGCCAUUAUUUUUGUGCCUACUGGGGUUGUGAAACGGUGGUAACAUCUGGCUGGUCUCCCCCAAUCGCUGACACUCAUGUCACGCUCGGCUAUGAGCCAAAAGGUUGUAUAACAUGGGGGUUUGGCACCCGCCAAUAUGCUAACUGCCAAAAUGUGACCCUCAAUGUCACCACACCCCAAGAACAAGGCUGGAUUUCGGGGCGUACCUGGGGCAUUCGUUUCUACGCACAGGGCCACGACCAUGGAAACCUUAUCCGAAUUCUAAAAACCCCAGUACAACACACCCCUGUCGCAGUGGGCCCAAAUCCUGCUCUAAAACCAAAAUACAAUCUAAAUCCAAAAUACUAUCAGUCUAAUACAGAUCCUGUUACUGCUGUUCAAACAACCACAGUAAGUCACCCAAUUAUAAGCGUUUCUCAAGCCCCCCUCCACACCAGGUAGAUCACAUACCUGCCCCUCAAUAUUCACAUUCUAACCUAUUCAGUUUGAUUAAAGGGGCAUACACGGCUUUAAAUCAUAUCCAACCUGAUCUCACCCAAUCCUUUUGGUUAUGCUUGGCUGCUCCUCCCCCACAUUAUGAAAGAGAGGCCCUCAAUUUAACCUUUAACAGUUCUUCUAGCUCAUCUGCCUGUGACUGGGGCAAUCACCCCAAGCUGACUCUCCCUGACAUCUCAGGUAGAGGGACCUGUCUUGGAGACUCCAGCCGUCCACCAGCACUGGCAGCACGACUCUGUGCCCAGCUUCAUUCAGAGUUCAAGCCAAAUAAUUACCUCAUUCCACCCCCAGGAACGUCUUGGGCCUGCAAUUUCGGCGUCUCACCCUGUAUAGCAACCACUGUUUUUAACAAGUCUACAGAUUUUUGUGUUCUUGUACAGGUUCUUCCUCGAAUAACCUACCCAGGAGACUACUACCUCCAGGCAUCGCAGACCGGCUAUAUAUGUACAAGAGAGUACCUGUGACACUCACCUUAGCUGUAUUACUAGGGUUAGGAGUCGCAAUGGGAAUAGGAACAGGGACUACAGCCCCAGCGUUGGGAAAUCAGCAUCUGGCUCAAUUACAGGCAGCAGUAGAUCAAGAUUUAAAAGAAAUAGAAACAUCUGUGAUGGCUCUACAGGCGUCCCUGACGUCUCUAUCUGAGGUAGUCCUACAAAAUAGAAGAGGGCUAGACCUCCUAUUUAUGAAGGAGGGAGGCUUAUGUGCUGCCCUAGGAAGAGUGUUGUUUUUAUGCCGACCACUCAGGAGUUGUCAAAGAGUCCAUGACUAAGCUAAGGGAACGCCUCAAAGAAAGAGAAAAAGAGUGCCUCAGACAAACCACCUUCUCCUCCAUGUGGGGGGGUCUUUUCCCCUACAUUGCCCUCCUCUUGAGACCCCUUGCCGCCUUGCUAUUACUGCUUACUGUAGAACCUUGCAUUUCCAGAGGAUCAUGAUGCUCGUUAACAAUAGGCUAGACAAAUUUAUGGCAAAGCCCAUUCAGGUACACUAUCAUCAACUAGAGAUGGCAGAUCGACAAACUUAUCGGGAAAUGAUCCCCACAAAUGGCCCAUAUGAUGAUGUCGGCCAAAUGCCCUGAGGCACUGGACAGGCAGCCAGAGACAGGCAACUAGGACACAUAUGUUACACCAUCGACCACCUAAGACAGGCCCAGGACCAACGGCUGUCCUGCAGGCCCACGACGGGUAAGGCUCGAUUGGGUUCAUAUGAGGAGUCCUUGACCCAAGACAGGCGCUGUCCUCCCAGGGCCUGCCAUACUCCUAAGAAAUAUAAUAAUAAGGGAGGAGAUACAGGGAGUGGCUUGGAAUGGGUGCCGCUGUCCUGCCCUUCCCACCUGAGGGCAUUUUGUGUGUGUCAGCCUACAUUUCCCAUGAUCCUCCCCUUGCCUAUAAUGCACAUGACGUAAGCACCUUCCUGCUUCAGCCUACAUCUCCCAUAAAUCCCCUCUUGUUGACAUCACUUCUGCUUACCUAUGUGCCUACGUAUGACUUCCUGCUGGUCUGAUAGGCCCACGACAUAUGAGGAGAUCCAAGCCGGCCUAUCCUGUAAGGCCAUGUCCUCUAUUGACUCUAUAUAAGCCAUGUACACUUGAUGAAUAAAUGAGACUCGAUUGGAAUCUCA